AUGAGCAAUUCUGAAUUUCAACAAGUGACUGAGUCGGCCACCGAAACCGUGAAUUCUCACAACCCCUACGGGCCUAAUCCUGCGGAUUAUCUAUCAAACGUCAACAGCUUCCAGCUGAUAGACUCGACGCUAAGAGAAGGUGAACAAUUCGCCAAUGCGUUUUUUGACACGGAGAAGAAAAUCGAGAUUGCCAAGGCGUUGGACGACUUUGGUGUGGACUACAUCGAGCUCACCUCGCCAGUAGCAAGCGAGCAGAGUCGUAGCGACUGCGAAGCCAUCUGCAAAUUGGGUUUGAAAGCCAAGAUUCUCACACACAUCAGAUGCCACAUGGACGACGCCAAAGUGGCGGUCGAGACCGGAGUGGACGGUGUGGACGUGGUGAUCGGCACGUCGAAGUUCCUAAGGCAGUACUCACACGGUAAGGACAUGAACUACAUCGCCAAGAGUGCCAUCGAGGUGAUCGAGUUUGUCAAAUCCAAGGGCAUCGAAAUCAGAUUCUCGUCCGAAGACUCGUUCAGAUCCGACCUUGUCGACCUCCUGAACAUCUACAAAACCGUCGACAAAAUCGGUGUCAACAGAGUCGGUAUCGCAGACACGGUUGGUUGCGCCAACCCUAGACAAGUAUACGAGCUCAUGAGAACAUUAAAGACCGUUGUGUCGUGCGACGUGGAGUGCCAUUUCCACAACGAUACCGGAUGUGCCAUUGCCAACGCCUACACCGCUCUAGAGGGUGGUGCCAAACUCAUCGACGUGGCCGUUCUCGGUAUCGGUGAAAGAAACGGUAUCACUCCGCUUGGUGGGUUGAUGGCCAGAAUGAUCGUGGCCGCUCCCGAAUACGUCAAGUCCAAGUACAAGCUGCAUAAGAUCAGGGAUAUCGAAAACUUGGUAGCCGAGGCUGUUGAAGUCAACAUCCCAUUCAACAACCCAAUCACCGGGUUCUGUGCAUUCACCCACAAGGCAGGCAUCCACGCCAAAGCCAUUUUGGCCAACCCAUCCACUUACGAGAUUCUGGAUCCUCACGAUUUCGGUUUGAAAAGAUAUAUCCAUUUCGCCAAUAGGCUGACUGGCUGGAACGCCAUCAAAUCGAGAGUCGACCAACUGAAUUUGAAUAUGUCUGACAACCAGAUCAAGGAGGUCACCAACAAGAUCAAGAAACUAGGUGACAUCAGACCGCUAAACAUCGAUGAUGUGGACUCUAUCAUCAAGGAUUUCCACAGCGAGAUCACCACUCCUCAAUUGCAGAGUUUGAGAAACAGCGGCGUCGACGACGACGUCACUGCUUUUGACAUUGCUCAACCUCCUGUCAAAAAGGCUAAGACUGAUCAGUAA